CUACACUCGCCGCCUCUGGCUGCUCGUACUACACGUCUGCUGUACAGCUAAUGCAGGUCACUUUUCCCAGUGGUACGACGACGACAUACCUGGGACGGAUGCCAACUUGGAGUAUCACACAACGACAACAAAAGCAGCUGGUGGGAGGCUGUAGGAGGAAGGUGUGGCACCGGGCGAGUCUACAUCCCCGAAUCAGAUGUACUACCUGACGCCAUUAGUCAGAAGAUGACUUCAGGCCAAUACUACUGGAUGGGCGCAAUUGCAUACUCUACAUGGAAAUGGACAGACGGAUCCCCUUUCUACAAAUACGUUGGAUACAGCACAGAACCCUUGUCAGAUGGUUAUCAUGUCGAUGGUAAUUCCGCCUCUCGGUGCCAUUUGAUGUGUGAGGAGGACGAGCCGUUUGGACUGAGGGGUGAGACUUGCUUCUGUGGAGUCAGUGACCAGGUACAGAUGACAUGGAACCAGACAGAAGUCCGCUGUCCUGGAAACUAUGACGAGAGGUGUGGAAACCAGGACGGCCUCUCCGUGUACAGGACAGGAGAAAUCGCAUUUGACGCUGAUGAUAAGGACAUGUGUGUGUAUGCAGAACUCAAAUGGUUUGGAAAGGAAACCAAAUAUUAUUCAUCAAGUUGUGAUACGUCAAGAUCAGCUGCUUGUAAAAAUGGAACAGUAUUAAAUGAAUUACGCAGUUCAACAGACAGUGGCAACAAAUGCAGUAAAUCCGUUUGUGUUCACCACACUCCCAACCAGUGGGAUGAAGCAAACAGGACGUGUAACCUAGUGACAGUGACCAGUACAAAUAAAAAGGACCUUCAUAAUGCCAUGGAAUAUACGUAUCGAUUGGAUGAAGAGAAGUACACUUACUGGAUUGGAUUAAGGAGAGGCUAUGUGAAGAAAUGGUUGAACGGAAGCGACGUCCUUGACAGCGUACAUCCCUACACAGCUGACAAACUCUGUCUCUCUACGACCGGGACCUCACUGUUUCGUUGGGAGGAUUGUUCUAAAAAAACAUUACCAACUAUAUGUGAAUCGGCCUCACCGAAGAUGACGAGAUCCACUACAUCAUCUGUUCUACACACCACCUUGCAGUCCAUAGAUACAGGAACCUCGACGACGAUGACGACAACAACAACAACAACUAUGUCUGUACUGACUAGUCAGGCAUCCAGAGUUGUGAUCCAACAGACAACAGAGCCAUUUUCGGAUAAACACGACCAAGGCAAUAACAAUAUGGUCUUGGUUUCAGGUUUGUACUAUGGCCUGUCGGUUCUGGGUGUCGUCUCUGUAGCCGUCGUUAUUACUCUACUGCUGGUUUUGUACAAACAGAAAAGGUGUUGCUUUGCUUCGGCGCCAGUUGACCCAAAGGUCAACAGCCUUCCUCUGGUAUCCAUGGACAACAACCUCUACCUAUGCACAAUGGAUGUUCAAACUGAACAAGGAGCUGUUCUGGAGCCAUCUGCAACAGCGAAUGGGAACUGCGUCGAUGAUGAAUACGAUUUGCUUGGCCAGAAUAAACGUGGAUGUGCAAACGAAGAGACGGGUAAUGCAGCAGCAGGGAAACCUGUGUCACACCAUGACGGACGUGGUGCUUACGAUCGUGUGCUGAAGGGCCAGAAUAUUCAGGAUGAAACGUACGACCAUGGAAGAGAAAACGGGACAGUUCGCAAGGGCGAUGACGUGUACGACCAUGCAGGAGACAAGUGUACAGUUCGUAAGGGCGAUGACGUAUACGACCAUGCAGGAGACAAUGGUACAGUUCGUAAGGGCGAUGACGUGUACGACCAUGCAGGAGCCAAAGGUACAGUUCGUAAGGGCGAUGACGUAUACGACCAUGCAGACCAUGGUACAGUUAGUAACGGCGAUGACGUGUACGACCAUGCAGGAGCCAAAGAUACAGUUCGUAAGGUCGAUGACGUAUACGACCAUGCAGACCAUGGUACAGUUAGUAAGGGCGAUGACGUGUACGACCAUGCGGGAGAAGACAGCUGCUAUUAUAAUAUGCGGUGAUGUUUCAACAGAUCCAAAGUGGGAUGCACAUAAUAGAAUCCAUGCUGGAACUGUUUCGGGAACAUCUCACGUCAUCAAAGAUUUGGUUCCAUUCAUAUAAUUAUCACCGCUACUUUGACUUUAACACCCACUGGCAUCAGUUUCAUCGGAUACUCGAGACUGGUUAGUCUCUGGCAUUCAUAUUUCUUAUUUCUACACUCUGAAGUAUAACUCUUAUUUCUACACUCUGAAGUAUAACGUGAUAUACCACAUCAAGCAUAUACAUGUACAUAUCUAUUAGAACAGCUGACUGAAGGACACACCAGGGAAAUACCCAUUACCAUGAUGUCAUUCAGCUGAAGAGGUGCAAGAGGUAGUCAUGUGUAUUACAAGCAAUAAAUAUUUAGUUAUCCGUUA